AUGAAGACACUGUGGCUGAGGGUCUCCACAAGCUGGGGCGCUCAGCCCCUGGUAUCGAGUACGUUUAUCUUAACCUGUCGCUUUCAUUGGGGCACCUCUUCAAUGUCUUCUGCUACUGCGUGUGUCUUGGGAGAGCGAGAUCUUUCUUGUGUCAGUCACAUGCCUUACCUACUGGAACUGAGUGCUUCCAACAAUGAAUUGACUACAUAUUUUGGUUUUAAACCACCUAAAAAUCUCAAGGAAGUAGAUUUUUCGUACAAUCAAAUACCUAAAAUGCAAGAUUUGUCAGCGUACCAGUCACUUACUAAACUCUUGCUGGAUUUUAAUAACAUCGAGGAGAUAAGAGGCCUGGAGAAGUGUCACAGUCUGACUCAUCUGAGUUUGUCACACAACAGACUCUUUGCAGUCAGUGGCCUUGAGAAUUUACCUAUCAGAAUACUCAAUCUGAGCUCUAACCAGAUUGAGAAGAUAACUGGCUUGGACAGCUUGAAAACUCUGCAGAAGCUGGACCUAUCUAGCAAUAAAAUAACUAGCCUAGAAGGCUUGGGGGGACAUGAUCUACUAGAGAUGAUCAACCUAGAAGAUAACCAGAUUGCUGAGCUACGUGAACUUGAAUGCAUUGAAGAUCUGCCUCUCCUCAGAGUUCUAAAUCUUUUAAAAAAUCCUGUACAGGAGCAAACAGAUUAUUGGCUCUUGACGAUUUUCAUGUUGCUCCAACUAACAGAACUGGAUCUCAAGAAGAUUUCAGUGGAAGAAAAGGUUGCUGCUGUGAAUAAAUACGAUCCUCCUCCAGAGGUUGUUGCUGCUAAAGAUCAUAUGACCCACGUUAUGUACAGUAUGAUGCAGCCCCAGAGAAUCUUUGACAGCACUUUACCUAGUCUUGAUUCUCCCUACCCCAUGCUGGUACUAGUUGGCCCUGUAGCCUGUGGUAAGAGAGAGCUUACUCAUAAGAUCUGCAGACAGUUCAACAAUUUCUUCAGAUACGGUCCCUGUCACACUACCAGGGCAGCUUACUUUGGUGAAGAAAACAGACUUGAUUACUAUUUCGUUUCUCAAGAAGCAUUUGACAAAAUGGUGAACACAGGGAAGUUUAUAGCAACCUAUAAAUACAGUGGCUAUUACUACGGACUUGGAAGAGACACUGUAGAAUCAAUUGCCAGAGAGGGUCUUGCAACCUGUGUUGACUUAGAAAUAGAGGGUGUGCGUAGCUUGAAAAAUACCUACUUUAAACCCAGAUAUAUCCUGCUAGUACCAACGGACAAAGAAAAAUAUGAGGGACAUCUGCGGAGGAAAGGGUUAUUCAGCAGGCCAGAGAUUGAAGAGGCAGUCUCCAGAGUGGACAUGUACCUCAAAAUAAGUCAGGAUUUUCCAGGAUACUUUGAUGCAGUAGUCAACACAGAUGAAGUGGAUGAAGCAUUCACAGAGCUGAGUUUCCUCGUAAAGGCAUACCUGGGUUUGGAGUCACCUGCAGUUUUUGACAGCAUUCGAGACUUGAACAGCAGAGCAGGAGCAGGUUCAAGGAUACGGCUCUUACAAGAGCAAAGAUUGUCACCCGGGGGAGUAAUUACUGGAACUACUCGGUCUUCAUCUGUCAAUGAGUUCUUGGAUUCUUCUGCCAAAAACUAUCCAGGAGGCAUCUCGGACAAGCUUUCUGCACAACUGGGCUCUGUGGAAGAAGCUUCUCUCCAAAGGCGUUUUUCUGCAGCACGUCAGGCUCUGUCAGGGAAGGCCCCUAGUGCAUCUGUCCAGCUGUUUCAAAGGGACCUGGCAAUCACUCCUGCACCGAGCAGCUCCCGUCAACAAUUACUGGAACCAACAACACGUGCUUCCCUGCUCUCGGGUGGAAGGAAUGUCACCCCAGACCGGAGCUUCCCCCUGACUAACCCGGAGAGCCGCUCCAGAGAAUCUGGUCCUGCUAAUGAACGAUUUCCACCCUCAGCUGGUGCCGCUGCUCUUGAAGGUCUGCGGGUUCGGACCCCUGUUCCCCACGCUCGCCUCACUGAAGAAGCCAAAGCUGAGCAUCCAAGAGGAGCUGAAAACGGAAAGGAUAGAUUGAAAGAGACUGGACUCCCUAGUGACGAUCUUCAGAGGAAAUACAGCAAGUCCAAGACCAGUUCUUCUCGUGUGCCUCAGCUCAGCAGCUGGCCAGGCUCCCACUCCAAACCUGUCCUACCUCCCAUCCCGUCUGGGCGGAAGAGAACCAACCCCUGA